UCGAUGCCAUAUAUGGAGAGGUUCUUAUGCGACUCCAUAUGCAGAGCGGCGUGUGCGGAGGAGGAGGUACCGCUUGGGUAUAAAAGGGAGCGCAGGGUUACCUCGGCCUCCAGUCCUACGCUCGAGGAACAUAGCGAAGAAUUUCAGCCUUGCACGGCGAAUUGAAGGAAACAAGAAACACAAGCAACCAUGUGUGACGACGAGGAGACCACCGCGCUCGUGUGCGACAAUGGCUCGGGGCUGUGCAAGGCUGGCUUCGCCGGAGACGACGCCCCACGCGCCGUCUUCCCCUCCAUCGUAGGGCGACCCCGCCACCAGGGAGUCAUGGUGGGUAUGGGUCAGAAGGACUCGUACGUAGGCGACGAGGCGCAGAGCAAGCGCGGUAUCCUCACCCUCAAGUACCCCAUCGAGCACGGCAUCAUCACCAACUGGGACGACAUGGAGAAGAUCUGGCACCACACCUUCUACAACGAGCUGCGCGUGGCCCCCGAGGAGCACCCCACCCUGCUCACAGAGGCCCCCCUCAACCCCAAGGCCAAUCGUGAAAAGAUGACCCAGAUCAUGUUUGAGACCUUCAACGUGCCCGCCAUGUACGUGGCCAUCCAGGCCGUGCUGUCCCUGUACGCUUCCGGCCGUACCACCGGCAUCGUGCUGGACUCCGGUGACGGUGUAACCCACAACGUGCCCAUCUACGAGGGUUACGCGCUGCCCCACGCCAUCAUGCGCCUUGACCUGGCCGGUCGCGACCUCACCGACUACCUGAUGAAGAUCCUCACAGAGCGUGGCUACUCUUUCGUGACCACAGCCGAGCGUGAGAUCGUGCGUGACAUCAAGGAGAAGCUUUGCUACGUGGCUCUGGACUUCGAGAACGAGAUGGCGACCGCCGCCACCUCCUCCUCUCUGGAGAAGAGCUACGAGCUUCCCGACGGCCAGGUCAUCACCAUCGGCAACGAGCGCUUCCGCUGCCCCGAGACGCUCUUCCAGCCCUCAUUCAUCGGCAUGGAGUCCGCGGGUAUCCAUGAGACCACCUACAACUCCAUCAUGAAGUGCGACAUCGACAUCCGCAAGGACCUGUACGCCAACAACGUGCUGUCCGGUGGCACCACCAUGUACCCGGGUAUCGCUGACCGCAUGCAGAAGGAGAUCACCGCCCUGGCGCCCAGCACCAUGAAGAUCAAGAUCAUCGCUCCUCCCGAGCGCAAGUACUCCGUCUGGAUCGGAGGCUCCAUCCUGGCGUCGCUGUCCACCUUCCAGCAGAUGUGGAUCACCAAGCAGGAGUACGACGAGGCAGGGCCCUCCAUCGUCCACCGCAAGUGCUUCUAAAAGUAUCGGUGGCCCAACGAGAACCCACGUGUGGACCCUCAUGGUCCGCGGAUCCAAGAGCGGGGAGAAAUGCAUGUUGACAAGCUACAGAAUUUUGAUGAGCCCUCUGUGCCCCCCCCCUCCCCUCCGUGCCCCCCCCCCCCCACAACCAAUCCCACACAUAACAUCAUCUCGGCGUCCAAAGCAUUCAUCGCAUCUCGUCUCAAACCAGCGUCCCAACGUGACUGUUACCUGUAAAGUUUCGCUUUUAUUUUGUGUGCUAUUUAUAAAUGUGUACAGCUCUGUGUUUUGAGUAAAGUUCCCGACUUACAUGUUUCA